GGAGGUCACUGCACGACCAUAAUGGAGGAAUUGGAUUUUUUGCUGAAAGGUCUCCAAAAUUAGACAAACCUGGUAAACAUGACGUGACAGUGGUCACAAUUACGAGGUAGCAUGCCAUCUGCAGUUUUUAUUCGCCUAUACCAUUCCGACGACACCUUAGAACCAAAACUUAUCAACAAAGGUUUGCUGAAGCAGAGCCCUAUAAUAAACAGCCUUCAGACUGGGAAAAAGGAUGCUGAACAUCUUCAAGUUGGUAAAUGUAUCUUUUUUUCUGUGGUAAGCAAAAUAUGGCCUGUAUAUGAAUACAUUCCUUGAAUAGAUUAAACUUGACACAGAGAGUAUGGAUGUAGUCUACGUGCAUUUUACAAUGAAUACCAGGUGUGACUACCAUUUUUAAAUAAGACACUGGCCUAUAAUUCUCAUGAAUACUGCAAAAGUUGCCUUUAUUGUAAUAUACAUAUCACACUACUGACAUGCAACUUUGUCUUCCAGAAUGCCUGAAGUGAUUUUAAAAAUUCAAGGUAGAGGUAAGUAAAUUUUAGACUAAGUGGACCAUUUGUUCAAAAGCUAUUUUUAAACUAAAUAUUCAAAAAGCAUAUAUAUAUAUAAGUUUUCUCCAAAGAUGUACAGCCUUUUGUCAAAUUGUGUCAAAAUAGUGUGUGAUGAACUUAAAUUGUGUACAUACUGCUGCAUCACCACUGUCCCUUCGCAUACAAUAUGCAGUUUUAAUACAACAGUUAAAAACAUUAAAUGGCUUAUUACAUCUUUUAAUAUUACAAUAAUUAAAUUUCCCCUAUCUAUAUGGAGAUUUAAAAGCAUAUAUUAAAUUUGUUUUCUCAGUCUUUAUUUUUCCUUUUUUUUUUUUUUUUUUUGAAUGAUUCUGCAAUUGAUAGCUUGUGUUAACUGCAUCUUAAGUACCAUAUCCUUGUGUAUCCUUGUACUGUACAUAUGACAGCUCAGGGAGGCUGGAGUGUUGGCUAAAUUUGUUCUGAUUUGCAAACAAUUUUUUUUUUUUUAAUUCAUAAGUGUUACUCUUAAAUACCACUGGUUUCUUGUAUCAGAAACAUUAUAUAAUGUACAUGAGGAUAAUGAGCCAUCCUACUUAAUUAUUUACAACGCUGAGAUAUGAAAGUGUUAUACGUAUAUUUUAAAUUUUCUGUGCUUAUAAGUGAAUUAAUAAUAUUACUUUUACAGACUGGUGACAUAACUUCUGAGGAAAUUCAUUUUGAUUGCACUAUAGUACUACUCCAGGUCUUGCCUUCCAUGACGAUGCAUCGAACAACAAGAAUUAAGAUUACUGAAUUAAAUCCACAUUUGAUGUGUGUUUUGUGUGGUGGAUAUUUCAUAGACGCAACUACCAUCAUAGAAUGUUUGCACUCAUUCUGUAAAAUGUGCAUUGUUCGCUAUCUGGAGACCAGCAAGUACUGUCCAAUUUGUGAUGUCCAGGUUCACAAAACAAAGCCUCUUCUAAACAUUCGUUCUGACAACACUCUUCAAGACAUUGUGUACAAGUUGGUUCCUGGUCUCUUCAAAAAUGAAAUGAAGCGAAGGAGGGAUUUUUACGCAGAGCAUCCAUCAGUAGAUGCUGCGAAUGGAUCAAAUGAGGACCGUGGAGAGGUGGCCGAUGAGGACAAGAGAAUAAUCACAGAUGAUGAGAUAAUCAGUCUUUCCAUUGAAUUCUUCGACCAGAACAAGAUGGAAAAACAAGGCAGCAUGGAUGAAAAGAAAGCAAAAGAAGAGGUAAAUAACAAACGGUAUCUGCAGUGCCCUGCUGCCAUGACUGUGAUGCAUUUGAGGAAAUUCCUAAGAAGUAAGAUGGAUGUUCCUUCCACCUUCCAGAUUGAAGUAAUGUACGAAGAUGAACCGUUGAAAGAUUACUAUACAUUAAUGGACAUUGCCUACAUCUAUACCUGGAGAAGGAAUGGACCACUACCUUUGAAGUACAGAGUUCGUCCCAACUGCAAAAAGAUGAAGAUCAGCCACUCGCCAGAGGGACUGAACAGCGCCGGCCGCUCUGGGGUGGAGAGCGACUCCGCCAGCGAUAAAGCCAGCAGCCCCGCUGGCGUGCCUUCCACUUCCUCAUCGCUGCCCAGCCCCGGCACCCCGGUUCAGUCGCCGCACCCGCACUUCCCCCACAUCUCCAGCACGGUCAACGGGAACAGCACGGCGCCCUGCCCUCCAAUCCGACAGACCACCUUCUGCAACAAAGUGCGCAAGGCCUCCUUCAAUGGCUCCUCCACAUCUUCAGGAUGAUGGCCACCGGGCCAGAUGAUCCAGUUCUUCUGAUGCCAACAUAGCUCCACUGUAGAUGCUUACUUUUUAUCAUUGUUAUUGCUCUAAUUAUGUCACGUGUGUUUUGACUUAAAUGAAAUCACAUUUCAGUUGAAAUGGAGUAAUGGAGGUCAUGGACAGAUUAGUCCCUGUGUUUCUUCCUUAUGAUUACUAUUAUGAUUUUUAUUUUUAUUUUUGGUGUGAAAAAGCACAGGAGGUCCUGUUGAAGGUGGUGUAUAUGGGAACAUUAAGGGCAAAGCUGAGAAAUUCUCUUAUUUCUAGAGAAAGAAGGUGCGCUUUGUAGAGUUUAAGAAAUCUUUUGCUUUUGAUCCACCAAAUUCAAUGAAUAUGUUAUGCUUGGCCUAAAUUUGAAUGUGCAUUUCAAUGUAGACACUUGUCUUCUCAGACUUCAAAGUUUUUUGAUCGAAAUUAUUUACUUUAUAAUUGUAAAACGCGCCCAAUUUAAGAAAUUAAACUAAACGUAUACGUCUAAGUAAAUAAAAUGUAAAAGGUGUGUUCAGUUAGUUGCUAUCUGAACGAAUUUAAAAUGCAAACCAGAACCCGUUAAAAUGGGGCGGUUUAGAAGAUCAUGAAUAUAUUUUUAUUGCACACAUAGUUGCCUCUAUCCUAAUUAGCAGCAGUAUUACGGCUUGUGGACUUUUUUGCAGAGUUUUUGUAAAGAGUCUGCAACCAUUCAGGUUGCAGUAAGCCUGUUCAUUUUUUAAAAUUCUUUGCUGCCGCCGAGCCGAGGGACAGAGUGCUUCGUUCUGUCUGCUUGGCUAAAUGUUUGAAGUUCGGUCUGAACGCUGCAGAAGUCAGAUUCAUAAUAAGCAAAUGUAUAUAGGCCUGUAUGUGCAUAUUUACUUAAUUAGCUAAUGUAGAGGUGGAAUAAAUGAACAAAGCUCAUUGUCUGAAAAAGACAUAGACCUCUGUUAAACUAUAUAUGAAAGUCCAUUUCAUGCUAGAAGACAAAUGUUUUGAUGUCUCCACAGUGUUCUCAAUAUUUGUACUGGCCGUUUGUUUGUAAAACUAUUGUAUUGUUACUGUUGCACAGUAUAAAAACAUCUAAAUAAACAUUUUACAUUUUGAUUA